AUGGCGUGUGUAUUGUGCCGCGGUCUUUCAGGAGACAGGCUCAUAUUGUGCGAGUGUGGGAGAAAAGUGGCUGAGAACCAGGCCUGUCUCAGCGGCUCCGGUUUCUCUCUCCAAGACCCACACAUGGUCCCUGUGAACCCUGUGGUCCCUCUGGGCCCCGUGAGGCCUGGGCUCGGACCACAAAUGCCCCCGACUCUGGAGGCUCUGGAGGAGAAGAAGAUGAGCUUGCUGGAGCGGGUGAGACUCCCCAGCUCUCGUCCCUCAGUGGGGGGGGGUAGGAGGACAGAGGACACUGGGGACAGUCCGUCUAAAGAACCUCGAGGCUUCAGCAACAGAGAACGCUUCAGAACCGCCUUCCGCAUGAAGAACUACACCCUGAGGCAGAGCUCUGAGGAUGCUGUGGUCCUCACAGACCUGUCCCUCGAGGAGAGAGGCUUUCCCCCCGACAUCCUGAUGGAGGAGACCAUCCCUGCUCUGAAGCUGGUGAUCCGGGCCGUGAGGAUUAUGCAGUUUCUUCUGAAUAAGAAGCGCUUUAAGGAAACUCUGAGACCGUACGACGUCAAGGACGUGAUUGAGCAGUACUCAGCCGGACACCUGGACAUGCUGUGUCGCAUCAAGUACCUCCAGACCAGGAUUGACAUGAUUCUGGCGCCUGGACCUCCCUCCACCCCCAAGAAGAAGACUCAGAAACCACCAUUUACCUACGCAGGAAACCAGUCUCCCAGGCUCGAGACCUUUCUGCCCAAAGCGUCCUCUCUGCAGGAGUCUGAUGACCAAAGCAUGAUGGGCAGAUUUGUGCGAGUGGAACGACAGGGUCAGACACAGACGCUGUUUGACCUCAUGGUGGUGCUGUUGCAGGUGGAGGACAUGGAGAAGAAGCUUGACUUCCUGGUGGACAUGCACAUCCAGCACUCAGAACAGCUGCAGGUGGACUCCUCUGGCACCGCCCACAUGACGCUGGCAGGGGGCGGGGACAUCCGCCGCCUCUUUUUUAACUACGCCGUGUCUUACCCUCAUCAUGCAGCCUAUCAGGAAGCUGCCGGUGAAGCGGCCUAUCAGAAAGCUGCCGGUGAAGCGGCCUAUCAGGAAGCUGCAGGAGUAGCGGCCUAUCGUGCGGAGAAGGAGGACCACGGCAAAGAGACCAGGAGCAGUCGUGAGCACUGCAUCCAGGUGCCGACCUACGUGGAGAGGCCCACUGUGCUGCCCAUCAGCUCGCUGCACGGAAGGACCUCAGGGGAGGGGGCACGGGGGAACGAGUCUCCGCUGUCUCUGCUCUCAGUGACUCACGACGAGCUGGAGCGGUCUCCCAGCGGCUUCAGCGUGUCGGCCGAGCGCGAGGGUUCUGAGGAGCAGGGAGGGGGCAGGACCAGACCCAGACCCAGUUAUCUGGCAGAAGGAGAGACGGACACAGACACGGACCCCUUCAGCCCCAGCGCUGGGCCUCUGGCGAUGUCGUCCACCUUAGAGGGGUUCGGAGAAGUCUGGGUCACGCCGCCGUGA